AAAUAUAAUAUUACUAUUCCAAAAUAAAUGUUUUAUUAGCUGCAUUAUGAGUUACUACAAUCAGAGUAAAAGAGAAAAAAAGCAAAGAAGUGAGAAAAAAUUGAUUUAUAAAAUUGUUUGUUAUGACUUGUUGGGAAAAUGCGUGCGUGGCUGAGAAAGGUGACAUAUUAUCAGAUUGGCGUGUCGACCUGUUCGCACAUCUACCACCGACUAAUCGAGGUUAUCCCACUGCCCCUGUUCCAGUCUGUGGAACGCGCGUUUCAUCCCCUCGCAACCCUUCUUGAUCGCCUAUACUAGUCUGGCGCCUCGUGUAACGCGGUGCUGCCACCAAUCGCUUUCUUCGAAAAUCAGGAACAUGGCGCGCGGGCGCAAAGGGGAUGGGAUUGUAGUGGCACGUUAGAAUCGAAGACAGCGUGUUCAUGCGGUAUGACUCAACUUCCGUGUCACCUGGAUUUUCCUAGCCUAUUCCGCUAAUCGUAUUUCUACAUAUCCAAUUACGUUAUAUCCCGUCAAUUGACGUAUUCAACAGACAGACUUACUUAUCAAUGACUAAGACUAAGUGUGUUUCAACCGCAGCCGACGAAGUUGUGGUCGUGUGACUCUGGUGAUUCAAUAAGAUUUCUUCACGGUUUGAUCAAAUUCAAUGAUUCAUGUCAUCAUGUUUUGAUUCGUCUUACGUGAUGAUCAGUUUUUGUUUCUUGUUUCACUUGAUACACGCCAAGAAGCCGUCGCCGCCCUUUCCCAAUUUCCGCACCUUGUUGCAACGUACCACAUACACGCGCACCACGGUGCUGCCAUCGCUCGGUGGCGAUAGGGGCGUAUCACAGCCGAAGGAUGCAGAGGGAUGCGAGGGGUUGCGUCGCGUCUCGUUGAGUGAGUCGGCGUGAUCGCGGGACGGAAGUAGGAUCGCAUCUCAGCAUCGGGCGCCGUCAUCGUGCACGUUGUUGUCGCGCGUUUUUUUUCCUUUCGUUACAUAGGAUUUUAACCGUCGUCAUUUCACUUCGGUCAUAUUCUCGGUGCUUCUAUUUCGUCUCUGGUCCUCGUAUAUCGAACGCAUCGUUCUCUCAAUCUACUUACCGGAAGUCGAAUGACUGGUGCGCACGAGUCAGGGUGAGAAAGGAGAUAGAUGAUUAGUCGUGGUGGCGCGUGUAUGAGGCUGGACAAGCCGGCGUGCCGGGUUCUUACCCGGCUACGCGGCAAUACAUCCUCGGUACCUUCGUCGUGGUCAUAUUCGCCGCGUCCGCAGAGCGUGUCGCGGAUCGGUGAACCUAAAGUUGAAAAGAAGAAGAAGAGCCGUGAAUCGGCGCCGAUUGAAAGCGAGCGAAAGGUGCGCGGGAUCGUUGGCAGGAGCAGCUACGGAGAUCGGAGAGGUGGAGUCAUCGCGGGCGAUCAUCGCGGGUUUGAAUGGGUGGGCCGGGCGCCGGUAGGGUUAACAGGCACGAGCUGAACGCGGUGCCCCAGAGCCACGUCGGUCACGGGGAACGUGUCCUUGGCGAGCCGCCAGCACCAGGCUGCCGCUGUCACCCUCCGGAGCGAUCAUCCGGCAGUAACAUCUGCCCCUCCGCCCAGCAGUUGCCACCCUCGCCGCCGCCGCUCACCUCUUUACAUAUCGGAAACAACAACGGCACUGUCUGCGCCGUCAUCGGCUGCAACAACGUCAACACCACUACUAAUCCGACUGACGGCAAAGCUAAGAAGGCGGCCGCCAUGUCUUCGCCGCCGAAACACCGAAGGGGCUUCGACCCCAACGACCCGGCGGAAUAUCACCGCUAUCGUCGCGUUAAGACGAAGCAGCGAGGCUUUGUAUGUCCCACAUCGUGUGUGACCUUCGGCGCCGGACACAGACCUCCCCGAGAUCCCCCGACACAUCCAUCAGCACAAGGCAUUAUAAAACACACACAAGCUUGCGAUGUUCGAUGUUGGAUCGCUUACUGGUUAUAUCCCCGCCGCCGCUGCAAUGCGACGAAAGUACGAAUUACAUGUGAUAAUAAAAAAAAGAUAUAUUAUCGAAAAAAUAAAUCCAAUAUCUUUCUCCUUAAGCACCUUAUAGUAUUAGCAUGAUAACGUCGAGUUAAGGAAAAGUAUGUGAUUGGA